AUGAGGACCCUCACUCUCUUCGCUGCCUUUCUCCUCUUGGUCCUCCAGGCUCAGGCUCAGACCCUCCAAGAGACAGCUGACCAGGUUCCCGCCCAGGACCAGCCUGAAACCAAGGACCAAGGUGAACUUUGGGCCGAGGACCAGGACCAGGCUGAGGACAGUGACCAGGACGUGGCCAUCUCCUUCACAGGAGAGGAACGCCUCACUCGAGCUGCAGGACGUGGGACAGGAACCUAUUGCUUUUGCACACUCAAAAAUUUCUGCAACUUUCCAGUAAAAAAAGCUGGGUCCUGCUGGUUGUAUGGCCGUCGACGCACGCUUUGCUGUCGCUAAGCUUUUGCACAGAGACCCAAAGGACUGGGAGAUGCCACUGAAGACCUGAAGCAGCUUUCAGUCUUUGUACCUGUGCCAUUUCUUCUUUCUCUCUCCAUAAUAAACUUCAAGCAUUAAACUCA